GGGUCCGCACCCCGCCGCUCUUGUCCGGGGGCUGGUCCGGCCCGGGCCGUUGACGUCACUGGCAAGUUUGCUGCCCUCGGCGUCCCACGUGUGGCGGCGGCGGCGGCGUCCCGGGAGGCAGUCGGUGAGCUCCUGCGAGCACAGUGGCGGGGACCGCUGACAGGUCCCGCGCAGCCCAGCCCCGCCACGCGGCUCACAGGUGGGGUCCGAGAGCAGUUUGGAGCAGCUCGGCGCGCACGGAGAAGGGCGGACGGCUUGGUACAGGCCUCUGGCUCCCGCUCGGGCGGAGGGACUCGGGGGGAACCUCGCUCCGUGGCCGAAAGAAGCGGAGUCCGGGCGGAGAGAACGCGCCCAGGCGGGCAAGGGGGCCAAAGGAAGCCGGGGUUGGAGAGCACUGUCGCUCGCCGCUGUCUGGGGCGCACUGAGCACACAGGCCCCGCCGCCGCCCGUCCCCUACCCGGGACCCAGCAAGGGAUGCAGCUUCGCUGAGCGGAGAUCCGCACCGAGAGGCCUCUCGGGGCCGGUCUGAGACGCACGCUUUCGCCACCGCCACCAAGACCCCGAUUCCGGCGACUCUUGGGGGAACCCGGGCGCAGAGCGCUUCCCCAAGCUCAGGACUUGAGCGAGUCUAAGACGAUGGUUUCUUAAGCACGGCACUGCGCUCCCCUUCCCGUCCCCUCGGCUGGAGGCAGGGAUCCUGCGAGGGGCCCCCGGGGCUCCGUUUCCCCCCGCAGCCCCGGCCGCCGCCUCCGGGGGCAGUUGGCACAGCCGCAGGGGCGCACGGCGAUGUGGCCUCCGUCCAGCGCGCGGGCCCGCCGGGGGGAUGCUCUGACACCUGGCGGGGUCCCGGCCUAGCAUGGCCCGCGCGUUGCCCGAAGUCGCCUCCGGCUAGGAUGGCCCCUCCGGGCCCGGCCGGCGCCCUCCCCACCUCUGCAGAGCCGCUGUCCCGCAGCAUCUUCCGGAAGUUCUUGCUGGUGCUCUGCUCCCUGCUCACGUCCCUGUACGUCUUCUACUGCCUGGCCGAGCGCUGCCAGACCCUGUCCGGCCCCGUCGUAGGGCUGUCCGGCGGCGGGGAGGAGGCAGGGGCCCCGGGUCGCGGUGUCCUAGCCGGAGGCCCACGGGAGCUGGCGGUGUGGCCGGCGGCGGCACAGAGAAAGCGCCUCCUGCAACUGCAGCAGUGGCGGAGGCGUCGGCCGCCCGCGCCGCGCGGCGACGGCGAGGAGGCGGCCUGGGAAGAGGAGUCCCCUGGCCUGGCCGGGGGUCCCGGCGGCUCCGGGGCGGGAAGCAGCGUGGCCGAGGCCCCGCCGGGGACCCUGGCGCUGCUCCUGGACGAAGGCAGCAAGCAGCUGCCGCAGGCCAUCAUCAUCGGCGUGAAGAAGGGCGGCACGCGGGCGCUGCUGGAGUUCCUGCGCGUGCACCCCGACGUGCGCGCCGUGGGCGCCGAGCCCCACUUCUUCGACCGCAGCUACGACAAGGGCCUUGCCUGGUACCGGGACCUGAUGCCCAGAACCCUGGAGGGGCAGAUCACCAUGGAGAAGACGCCCAGCUACUUCGUCACGCGGGAGGCACCCGCGCGCAUCUCGGCCAUGUCCAAGCACACCAAGCUCAUCGUGGUGGUGCGGGACCCGGUGACCAGGGCCAUCUCGGACUACACGCAGACGCUGUCCAAGCGGCCCGACAUCCCCACCUUCGAGAGCUUGACGUUCAAAAACAGGACCACGGGCCUCAUCGACACGUCGUGGAGCGCCAUCCAGAUCGGCAUCUACGCCAAGCACCUGGAGCACUGGCUGCGCCACUUCCCCAUCCGCCAGAUGCUCUUCGUGAGCGGCGAGCGGCUCAUCAGCGACCCGGCCGGCGAGCUGGGCCGCGUGCAGGACUUCCUGGGCCUCAAGAGGAUCAUCACAGACAAGCACUUCUACUUCAACAAGACCAAGGGCUUCCCCUGCCUGAAGAAGGCGGAGGGCAGCAGCCGGCCCCACUGCCUGGGCAAGACCAAGGGCAGGACCCACCCCGAGAUCGACCGCGAGGUGGUGCGCAGGCUGCGCGAGUUCUACCGGCCUUUCAACCUCAAGUUCUACCAGAUGACCGGGCACGACUUCGGCUGGGAUGGAUAACCAUAUAAUUUAAAAAGAAAAAAAAAAAUCAAAAUAUAAUAUAUAUUUUUUUACCAAUCGGUAGAGAAGAAGAGGGAGUUUAAUAUUUGUGCUGAAAAUAUGUUUCAGUAUUUUUUUUUCAAUGAAUGUUAAGAGAUUGUUCUCACCCCCACCCCAUCUUAAUGUAUAACCAACACCAAACAUUUGGAUCAACAAAAGGAAAAUUUCACUGUCUAAAGACUUUCAAUUUUCAGUUUUCAUUUUAUGUUCUAUAUACCCAUAAAGUAUAAGCAUCAGUUGUCAUUAAAAGUUUUCAGAAAAUCCUGAGGAUAAACAUCUCUCUCUCUCUUCUAAUACAAGACCCUGAUAAAAUUGAUAGCUAACCUCAUAUUUUUCUCCUCGUUUUCCUGUCUACUUUUUCUUAAAUUAUUUACCAGUUAGUAUAAUAUGUUUGUACCCACUUCACAGUUUUCAUAGUAUUUUCUAAUACACCUUUUUAGUCACUUAAAAAAAUAUUGCCCUGUUAUAUAAGAGCACAGUAAGUAGACAUUAUUAUACCCUUUUUACAGAAAGGAAAACUGAGUCUCUGGGAGGUAGAAUGAUGUAUCUAAAGGCUAAAUGGUGGGCCCUGGACAAAAUUCCAUCUGCCAUUUGUUCCCUAUUUCAGGCCACUUUUUCCAGGGAGAAUGGGAAAGAAGACCUCUGCACCUUUAGAAAUGGUUAGCUAGUUUUCAGAUGAUCCGAAAAUGGACAGAGAGGGUGUUCCCUUGUUUUCUAAGUCCCAGGCUACCCCAAAGUCUCAUUACAAAGCUGUGUUCAACAAAACCACUCAGAACUGGACACAGCCUCUCUUAAGAGCCAAUCUUGCCUCUUGGCUUCUUAAAGUACCCUGAGAUACGGAAAUCUUGACUGAUGGGUGCUUGAUUGAAUUGGAGAGGAAUUGUUGGAUUCUUGCAUGGAGGACAAGGUGGCCAGCCACACUAGGGGUAGCACAAGAUGUGCCAGGAACAUAACUUACCCAUUUGUUGACUUAACCGACUUUUUUAAGAAAGAAAGACUUCAGUUAGCGCUUGCAAGUAUGAGUCUAAUUUGUUUUUUAAUUUACCUCUUUUUAAAGAAAGAAAACCUACCUUUUGUAAUGUCUCACUUCUAAUUGCUAGUACUCUAAAAAAAUAAUUAGCCAUUCGUUUACAAUGCUUUUAGUUUUCAUGGAUGGAGGACUAUCACUUUGUCACUUUAUUCUCUCCCCACCUCCUAUUUACACCAUUGAUUAACCUAAUGUUCAUUGAUAUUUGGAAAAAUAUUCUAGGAAAUGCAUUUGUGGGCAAAAUGGUGGCUUUUCCUCUUCUCUCAUCUGUUUCUGCCCAUCCCCCAUUUAAAUCACUCAAAUAAAUCAAUAGUUUAUUAAGAGUAUUCCUUUCCUCUCUGAGUGGGCAUUAAAAAGAUUAGCAUUAAUGGGAAUUAAAUUGGUUUAGAGAGGAACACAUAUGCAUGAAAUAUAUAAAACAUUUAUAAUUAGUCUGUCAGCAACAUUUUAUUAGAAGUUUAAAACCAAGAGGAAAAAUGUCUUCUAUUUCAUGGAAGUCUUCUUUAUCUCCCAAAUUGUAAAGGACCAGACUCUCUAAAAUAAUAUUCUAAAAUAAUAUUCUUUUUCUUCUCUAAUGUUGUCAAUCAAAAGAAACUAAAAUUGUUUUAAAAUAUGCAGUACAAUCAUGCAUUUACCAUAGAUGCUGCAUCAGGUGAUGUAAAUAGUUCUUGAGAAGCUUAACAUAGGAUUAAAAUGAAGGAAAACAUCUUUUAAGUGUUAGAUAUUUUGUCAUUUCUCCAGAUCUUUUGAUUUAUCUGUUAAUAUCCCAUUUACAGGAGUUAAGUAAAUCCAAAAUCCAGAUCACCUUUUUUCAGUUGAUUUCCUUCAUGUCUAUGCCCUCAAUCUCUCAAUGUCUCUGACUGUUUUUAUUCUACUUGAAUCCCAAGCUGCAACAAGAUACUCAUUUUAAAUGCUUAUCAUCAUUUCUCUUAGCUCAUGUUGUUUGUACAACUGAUUCUUUUGUAAGUGUUUGCUUGGCAUUAUGCAAAAGUGGCUUGCACAAAGAAACGAUUGCAUUCUGCAACCUUCACUUUUUUAAUGUGAAAGAAAUAAUUAAAGAGCAGAACUGAAUGCAAAGG